CUACCUAUUUUUGCUUGCAGUCUGCUUUCUGAUCUAUGGGGAUUGAUGCUCCACCUUGUUUAUAUAUUCUUUUAGCUGUUCGUUUGUUUGCCAUAAUUAGCUCUAGGUUUCUGAAUGUCAUUGUCAGUAAAGUGUGUUUCUUAAACAGAAGAGCUACUUGAGUCUUACUUUGAACCCACUCUUCUUGACCCUGACUUUUAAUUGAUGACCUGAGGAAAUUUUCAUUUAAUAUUAUUGUGGGAGAAUUUUUUAAUUCAAGAUGAUUUUGCUGGUGUUUUGGCUGUUAGAAACGUUGACUAGUAUUAACCUUUAUUAGUAUUAAUAUUGAUCUCUACUUUGUUUUCUGUGUUGCUCACAGUGGAUUCCUCCUGGAACAUGAACUCAAUUCUUAGAAGACAUCGGAGGGUUUAUAACAUAGAGAAACCCUGCAAAUGUGAAGAAUGUGACAAAUUCAAUACCCAAGUCUCAAAUCUUAGAAAGCAUAAAUAUAUUCAUACUGGAGAGAAACCCUAUAGAUGUGAAGAAUGUUCCAAGUCCUUUAGUCAAAUGUCAAGUCUUAGCGAUCAUCUGCAAAUUCAUACUGGAGAGAAACCCUACAAAUGUGAAGAAUGUGGCAAGACCUAUAGUAAAAUGUCCUAUCUGAGAGUACAUCAGCGAAUUCAUACUGGAGAGAAACCCUACAAAUGUGAAGAAUGUAGCAAAUCCUUUAGAGAACUGUCAAUUCUUAGAAAACAUCAGCUAAUUCAUACUGAAGAGAAACCCUACAGAUGUGAAGAAUGUAACAAGUCCUUUAGGCAAAUGUCAUAUCUCAGAAUACAUAAGCGAAUACAUACAGGAGAGAAACCCUACAGAUGUGAAGAAUGUGUCAAGUCCUUUAGUCGAAUGUCAAGUCUUAGAGAACAUCAGCGAAUACAUACUGGAGAGAAACCUUACAAAUGUGAAGAAUGUGGCAAGUCCUUUACCCAAACAUCAACUCUCAGAACACAUCAGCGAAUACAUACUGGAGAGAAACCCUACAAAUGUGAAGAAUGUGUCAAGUGCUUUAGUCAAGUGUCACAUCUCAGAGUACAUAAACUAAUACAUGUGGGAGAGAAACUCUACAGAUCUAAAGAAUGUGUAAAGUCCUUUAGUCGAAUAUUAAGUCUUAGAGCACAUCAGCAAAUAUAUACUGGAGAGAAACCCUACAGGUGUGAAGAAUGUGACAAGUCCUUUAGAUAUAUGUCAGAUCUUAGAGCACAUCAGCGAAUACAUACAGGAGAGAAACCCUACAGAUGUGAAGAGUGUGGCAAGUCCUUUAUUCAAAUGUCACAUCUGAGAGUACAUCAGCGAAUACACACUGGAGAGAAACCCUACAAAUGUGAAGAAUGUGGCAAGUCCUUUACCCAAACGUCAACUCUCAGAACACAUCAGCGAACACAUACUGGAGAGAAACCCAACAGAUGUGAAGAAUAUGACAAGUCCUUUAGUGGAAUGUCAAAAUCUUAGAGCACAUCAGUGAAUGCAUACUGGAGAGAAACUCUACAAAUGUUAAGAAUGUCAAGUCCUUUAGUCACUUGUUGCAUCUUAGAAGACUUCAGUGAAUACAUACUGGAGAGAAACACUACUGAUGUGAAGAAUGUGGUCAGUCCUUUAUGAUCAGCUCCACUUAUAAGAAACAUCAGAGAAUUCCUAUCGGAGAGAAUCCCUACAAUUGUGAGUAAUGUAAGAAAUCCUUUAAAAAUAUGUCUUAGAUUAGAGCACAUCAUGGAAGUCAUACUUGAGAACAACCCUACUAAUGUGAAGCAUGUGACAUGUCCUUUAGUCAGAUUUAAUGUUUCAACAAUGAAUUCAUACUGGAAAGUAACCAUUCCGAUAAGAAGAAUGUGAACACCUGAGAGCUCAGCACAUAGAAGACAUGAGACAAUGCAUACCAGAGAGAAACCCCACAAAUGAACAGGAUUUAAGAAGUUCUGUAUUUGUAUUUCAACUCUUAGAGAACAUCAAAGAAUUUACAGUAAAAGGAGACACUGCAAAUAUAAAUGUGGCAAUUCCUUUAAUAAUAUGUCAACUUAUUAUUGUAUUAAUUAUUGUGGCAGUUAUCAAAAACUCAUACUAAAAAGAUAGUUUGCAAUUGCAGAGAAUGUGGUACUUCUUUACCCUUGGCUCAAUCCUUAGAAAGCAAAGCAGAAUCCAUACUAGAGGGAUAUAUCUAAGUCUGGAAAAUGCUCAAAUGCUUAUAUUUAUAUAUUAUAAAACUUCAUAGUGUACUGAAGGAAAACUUAGAAUUAAGCCCAAAUUGCAAAAUCUCUAAUAAAAAUUUAUUUUUAGUUCAUAAGUAUGAGAAACUAGAAAUAUAAUUACUGUGAGAAAGACUUUACUUUCCCAUCCAAUCUUGUUGAAUGUUACAGAAUCUUUAUUGUAGAGAAAACCUACAGAUAAACCAUGUCAGCCACCAUUUACAAAUGGCUCCUGUCUUAGGAAGCAUCAGAGAUUUCUUAGUGAACAGGAACCUCACAACACUGAAAGACAAAUACUUCAUUAUUAACUGUCAAAGAAGACACUGUGUGAAUAAAGCAGUGUGCUGGAUAGUUUUAGUGUCAUCUUGACACACCUGGAGUAGGGAGUCUCAAGUGGAGAAUUAAUUCCAUUUGACUGGCUUGUGGCCAUAUCUGUGGGGUAAUUUUCUUGAUUGUUGAGUGAUGUGGGAAGGCCCAGCCCACUGU